AACAAUGGGCGGCUCGAGCGCCCAGGCGCUGGGCCGGAGCUGAGGCCGGCGCUUCGCGGCCGACUGUCCGCAGCAUGCGCGGGGCCGGCGCUCCCGACACGCCGGCGGGGCUGGGGCUGUGAGGGCCGCGGUUCCGGACUGAAACCGCCGCGUCUGGUUCGGCGCGCCGCCUGGGCCCAUGGAGCUGGAGAGGCAGUGGUGGCGAGGACAGCUGGCCGCCGAUAUUCAUCAAGCGCUUCGGUAUAAGGAGCUGAAGUUGCCCACCUACAAAGGCCAGUCCCCUCAGCUCAGUCUCAGACGAUACUUUGCUGAUUUGAUUGCCAUUGUGAGCAAUCGCUUCACUCUCUGCCCUUCUGCCCGACAUCUCGCUGUCUAUUUGCUUGACCUGUUUAUGGAUCGCUAUGACAUCUCUAUCCAGCAGCUGCAUUUAGUGGCACUGUCCUGCCUGCUUCUAGCAAGUAAAUUUGAAGAAAAAGAAGAUAGUGUGCCUAAGCUGGAGCAGCUCAACAGCUUGGGUUGUAUGACUAACAUGAAUCUAGUGUUAACAAAACAAAAUUUGCUACAUAUGGAGUUGUUACUAUUGGAAACCUUUCAGUGGAACCUCUGCCUUCCGACAGCUGCCCAUUUCAUCGAGUAUUACCUGUCUGAAGCAGUACAUGAAACAGAUCUUCAUGAUGGCUGGCCAAUGAUUUGCUUGGAAAAAACGAAACUGUACAUGGCCAAAUACGCAGAUUACUUCCUAGAAGUGUCUUUGCAAGAUUAUGCCUUUCUAAAUUAUGCACCUUCUUUAGUAGCUGCUGCAUGUGUGGCUUCUUCAAGGAUUAUACUUCGUCUUUCUCCAACGUGGCCUACGAGACUGCACCGUCUUACUGCUUACUCCUGGGAUUUCCUAGUGCAGUGCAUUGAACGGCUAUUGAUUGCUCAUGAUAAUGAUGUGAAAGAGGCAAACAAACAGAGAGGGCAGACCGGACCUCAGUCAGCACAGUUAAGUGUGUUCCCGACAGCCUCCCAGCCCUCACGGCCAGUUCCCUUUCAGCAACCCCAGUACCUGCACCAGAUGCAUCAGACCUCACUGCAGUACCGCCACCCUGUAUCGGAACAACCGAGCUGUCAGCAGAUUGUAGCUACCACACACACCUCAUCUUACACAUUACAGACAUGUCCUACUGGCUUCCAAACCAGCGUUCAGGGCCUUGGGCACAUGCAGACUGGUGUUGGGAUGUCGUUAGCAAUACCAGUAGAAGUUAAGCCCUGUCUAAGUGUUUCUUACAACCGGACUCACCAGAUAAAUGAACAUUAUCCUUGCAUUACACCAUGCUUUGAGAGGUGAUUAUGUGUGAAGCUAAUACCUGACCCAGACUGUUUUGUGACUUGAAGCUCUGGGGCAAGAUUUUUUAAAACUUCUCUUCAAAAGGAAAGUGGGUGGAAUGGCAUCCGAACUCUUCAGAUCCCAGUUCGGGGAAAACUGGAUAGUACUCCAGGAACACCUGAGAGGACUAAACAAACUCUGCAAACACUUUAAUGGUGUGUAUAUCAGAUCUUGUUACAACAAAUCCCUGUAUGACAGAUUUGCAAGCCCUGGCCGAUGGUCCAGAUAUUUCAAAAAUAUUCACUACAACAGAAAAUUUGGACCAACCUCAAUUCACCAUAUUGAGAUUUGACCUGUGGUGAGCUCUUGGCCUAAUAUGGGCUUCCUAUGUCAAAGACUAAUGUUUAUCUGUGGACUUGCCAAAUAGUCUUUUAUGAAGGAAGGUUACAGUAUUAA